AUGAGGUUGCCCGCUAUUCUCGCCUCCGCCGCCUUGCUCAACGUGCCGGCUUUUGCUACCCCUGUCGACGCUCAAAACGCCCUCGACCGCCGUACGUUCAGCUGCACACUGCCUGUUAAUAACAAGAGAGCAACCGUCAAGGUCACCAAGCUGUUCGCCCUGGAACAGGCUGCGGCAGGUGACCGGCCCGGCAUCAGCGGGUGGCCGAAGCGCAUGACUACCAAGACGAAAUUCGCCAACAAGAAAUGCAAUGGGAAAAACGUCAAGCUCUAUGCGUUCCCCAUCAACCCUAUUAGCAAUCUGCCCUUCCGCAAAGAUGAAAAGGGUCAGCCCCUGAGCGGCUUUACAACAAUAUACGCUGUUACCCCGGACAUUCACUUGUGCGGCGUGGCCUUCCGUGGCAAGUUGUGUCCUCUCACGAGCGAGAGCCCAUCACAUAACGACUUGUUUGACGUAACUCUCAUAUAA